AUGCAUGAUAAUCUCAUUGCCAGACCUAGCUCUGUGAAAGUAGUCGAGGUUUGUAGAGUGGCUCCUCUUCCUAGCUCAACGGACUCAUCAAUCCCAUCAGAUCAGUCCCUUGUAACCUUGUUUGAUCUACUCUGGUUAAGGUUUCUACCUGUUGAAACUGUUUACAUCUAUGAAAUACCUCCCACCACUAACCCACAUAUUUUCUAUGAUUCCAUACUCCCCAAACUCAAAGCCUCGCUCUCUCUUACCCUCCAACACUAUUUCCCACUCGCCGGGAACCUAAUUUGGCCCCAAGACUCACCCAAACCCGUUAUCAGCUUCGCCCAAGGCGACUCCGUUUCACUCACAAUUGCCGAAUCCAAUGCCGAUAAUUUCACCUACCUUUCGAGCAACGACUUUGUGGAUGCCAAGGACUACCAUCCACUUAUUCCCCCAUUAGAAGUUUCUGAUGAACGAGUUGCGGCCAUGGCAAUACAAAUCACUUUCUUCCAUAACCGCGGCUUUACCAUUGGAAUAAUCAUGCACCACGCCGUCCUGGACGGCAGAAUCGCAUUCUUGUUUUACAAAGCAUGGGCUCACAUAUGUAAACUUGGAACCGGAAUCCUAUCAUCAUCUUCUUCUAUGUCACUACCUGAUAAACUCAAACCAUUUCACGACAGAAUGGCCAUCCAUGACCCAGAUGGGCUCGGAGAACUCUACGCCAAUGACUACCUCAACCAGGAAGGACCCAACAACAGGAGUGUGACGCAUCGCAUCCCACCUAAAGUUUUUCCCCAAGAUCUAGUUCGAGGGACCUUCGAAUUCACACGAGCAAAUAUUCAAACACUUAGAGAUCGUGUUGUGAAAACAACCAGGGUUUCUGAUCCAUCACCACUUCAUUUGUCCACUUUUUCUCUAGGGUGUGCUUACACAUGGAUCUGCUUAGUCAAGGCAGGAGAAAUAAAGGGAGAGAAGACUGCUAUGAUCUUCGGCGUGGACGUCAGGUCUCGCUUGGACCCGCCCGUGCCGGACACCUACUUCGGAAACUGCAUAGUGGGUCGUGUUGCAGUGGCGGAAACCAAAGGCUUGACCGGUGACGAUGGGUUAGUCGUGGCCGUAAAGGCAAUCAAUGAGGCUUUGAAGAGUUUGGACGACGGGGUUUUCAGUGGAGCUGAGCUUUGGGUUUCGAAAUUCCUGGACUUUUCACUGUAUGACAAGAUAUAUUCAAUUGCGGGUUCACAGAGGUUUGAGGUUUACGGUACUGAUUUUGGAUGGGGAAGGCCGAAGAAGAUCGAGCUCGUUUCGAUGGAUAAGACAGAUGCAGUGUCUCUUAUGGACAGCAAGAAUGGCGGUGGAGCUGUUGAAGUUGGGAUGGCAUUGAAGAAACCACAAAUGGAGGUCUUCGCCUCUCUAUUUGCUGAAGGUCUCUGA